AAGUUUAAAUAAUGUUUCGUGUAUCAAAUGCAAUAACAAUGCACGCUGGAAUUCCGUUUAAGAUAUAAUUUUGAAAAACGGUGACACAUGGAUAUAUGGAAGAUAAUAUGAUCCAUAUAUAAAUACAUAUGAUCUAACAGUUAACUCGGGUUAUCCAUGAUUAGAUAGUUACUAUUGGCAACGAUCUUGAGGUAAACGGCGGUACAACUUCAAUAGUUUUUUAAACCUUCACGUGACAAAGAUGUUAUGGAGUAUUUUAAUGACAGUGCUCAAAUGAUUGCGCUUAAUUUGACGCAAAUUUUUAGUGUUUUAUCUUUAUAAAACAACCUCGAAGUUAAAUUAAAAUGUGAAAUAAUUAAAAGUUGUGUUUAAAGUUUAACCUAUCACCGUGGCAACUUGAGAUGUCGUGGAGCUUAAUUGUUCAGCUUAUAACAGACCUUUUAGGGACUGUUGCUGACAAUGGCGCGAAGUAUCUAUUAAUAAUUUUGCUUUUAGUGCUGGUGCUUUACUAUUUAGUGUUCAGUGACAUACACAGAGAAGAAGAACAACAUUAUGUUUCAGAGAGGGUUCACAGAAAAGGACAGUUUCUAUUGAAACACCGUCGUGAGAACAAUGAUUUGCCGCUUCCAAAUCGGGAUGAACCUGUAAACAAUACUGGCCGGACAUCGAAAAAAUGGCCACCCGAACUCCCGGGCCUUAAUAACAAUGUUGCAAACAAUUCAAAGUCUGGAAAAAAGCCAAACGGACGUAAGAAGACCAACUUCCGUUUACCUCCGUUAGCUUCCGAUUCCCAGGAUACACGGGAUUCAAAUGAACCCUCCGGUGGGGAAGUGUCAAGUGGUAAAAGUGUUGAUAAUUCUAAUACACCUGACAAUCACUAUUAUUUAAGUGCAAUAUUACCCGAACUUUCCAACAGCGAUCAUUUCAAGGAAAUCCAAGGUUUUCCUCAAGGGCAAAACAUGGGGAAUUUCAUGAAUUCAGAGCAAGACGAUUCAAAGGGAUCCCAGACUAAUAAUUUCGAAAACUCCGUUACUUUUGGACCAGAUUUUCUCCCAGAAUUCACUGGGAAACCAGAAAAGGAUGUCUCUAAUAAAACUAGCUCGUUGGACCAAGUCAGUUCUGCGUCCGCUGAUUGUGUCAUCAAUCGCCCCCUCAGUAAACAGGCCACCUCGAUAAAUGGACACGGACAUUCUGUUACUGAUCAUAAUAACAAGACUUCGCAUCGUGAAGUUACAAAAACAAUUGAGAAGAGUAAAGAAACUCAAGCCAAAAUAACAAAACCGACAGCGGCACAUUUAAAUGCUUCAAGUGGUGAAACAAAACAAAGCGUUGAUGGUUCACAAACUGUUAAAGGAACAGAAGUUUCUAGAACUACUGGUACCGGAGCUCGUCCGAAAACCCACGUCCCGCCAGUGCAAGGCGCAAAGGUUGCGGCACCAAUAGACUGUCAUAAAAUGCCUGGCAAGAACAUCUCCAAGCUUAUUGAGCGGGCCCAUGAGGCGGCUGGAAGGGACGAUGUCAAGGGUGCAAAGAAACAGGUCCUUCAGGCGCUUGUAGGGAUCAAAGAGGAGCAGGACAGACUCUCCACGGGGUUGGGCCCUGUUGUGAGCGAGCAACAGUUAGCUGAUUGGUUUGGGGAGUGCUCCUUCAUUUUUAAUCAGAUCGGGGAAUACGUGCAGUCUGCCCGGUAUUUCUAUACAGCUACCGUGUAUGAUCCUACAUGGAGCACAGCUAGUCACGCGCAAGUAUCCAACACACUGUGGGAGAACAUUGUCUACAAUGUGCCGCCUCCUGUGGUCCAGAAACGAUACGAGGACAUCAAGCUCUUCCUAUAUGAGCUGGACCGCAUUGCGCGGCUCGCGGAGCGCAGAAAACGAUGGCAUGUGUGUAUAAUGAUCGACGCCGACAUCGACCGUGUCCAUGUGAAUUUGAGACACUUUUUGAUGCUCGGGCCAGAGAAUAUCCGUGAACACCCAGGCCGCAAGGAGGCGCUAUGGAGAACAGCUCGUUGCUUUCUGCAGAUUGGAGAGCACAUGCAAGUCAAGAAAGUUUGCAGCAUAAUCCUUCAAGAGUUUUGCGACUACAACGACGUUGAGGCGUUAGAAAUAUGGUCCCGGGCCUUGGUCAUUUCCAAAGACUAUGACCUUGCUCUGCAGAAAUGUGUACUUGCGCUCAGAUACGCCACGGACUCUGCAGAUAUUGCGCGUCUCAACAACUUGAAAGAAGAGAUCGAACCUCAGAUACCAGCCACAGUACAAAAUGAGAAUCUGGACCCUGAUGGCGAAUGGCUGUGUGGUACGAACGUGACAGCGAACGGACUUGCUGAGAGUAGUGAAGAUAGUAAUCGGCCAGCAACACCUCGUGCUGGACAACAUGGGAUGAAAAAGAAACGACGAAGACCAAAAGCCAAAAACCCUGCUCUUGCUAGCCAGGCAGAUGUUGAUGAAGCAAGAAAAGCAAACAUUGAAGCUGAAUUGACAAGAUCUCGGAGACAAAGAAGUUCCUCUGAAUGUCGACCAAGUCAGCGGAAACUGUCCAAUGGAGGCAAAUACGGUCUUUCCCCACAAAAUACAAAAAGUCCGGUCCGAGACCACUCUGUUGAUUGUUUGAUUUACAGCAGAACUCCAAACGGACAUUUAGAAAAUGGCAACGGCAUAAGCCCUGCCGUUCGGAGACUUCAGCUGGAUAGGUAUGGCGCUCGUCAAAGACACGAGAGCAAGAGUAGCACAAUAAGCGACAUUUCGUAUGAAGUUGCCAGCGUGUUUGACUCUGAUUCUGAAUAUUCGUCCGACUCCGCAUCGAGCAACAGCAGUACUUACUCCACAAAUAAUAUAGAAGACGCAUUGGAAGAAAUUGAAGUACCGGAAGAAGGAGAACAAACCUCAUUUUAUGAACAAAGCUGCAGGCAAUAUAAUGACGAUACACAAGAUGAAAGUGAGUAUGCCGAUACCGAUGAUAAAAUGUUGAAACAUGGCGUUAAACUGAACAUGUCAUACAUGCACCAGUUUGCUGACAAAAAUCCUGAUGUUGUCAACAGGGACAACUUUUAUGAAAGGGCUUUGACACAAGAUCAAAUGCGCGAAAGAAUGCUGCAAAAUCCAAAGAAGUAUUUGAAGUGCACGAUACAAAUACAGGGGUCACAUGAAGCGUUUUGUACACCAAUUGAUUCAACACACGGAAUUUCCAUUAUUGAGAUUUCAGGGAGAUCGAAAAUUGGCCAGGUCUUUAAUGAGGAUGAAGUUUUGGUAGAAUUGCUAGAUGAUAAUGAGAAACACGACAAACGAUAUGGCAAAGUUUUGGGUGUACAAGGCAGACAACGUCAUAAAGACAAAGACCAUCCUGUCUUCAUCUGCACGUUAGAUACUAUGGAAAGCCAUCUUGUCCAACCGAUGUGCAAGACAAUCCCGAAGAUCCAUAUCAUCAACACCAAUGUGAUAGACAGAUUUGGUCAUAAGAUGAAAAAGUUCAAAGUAGAAGUUUAUGAAUACGACGAGCAUGCGGAAGAGCUGUGCAAUCCGAAAAUAUAUGAUGUAAAUACAUCUGGAGAGAAAACAUACGUGUUUUUGGUUGCAAUGAUAUCCUGGAGUCCGAGGCAUGUGUAUCCAUUGGGUGCGAUUGUGAAGAUCAUGAAUUGGGGAAGCAGCAUUCCGAAGGGUUUAGCUGUAUUGAAUCUCCAGCAUGAGGUACCAUCAUUGUACAAGAAAGAGACAGUAAAAUGUAUGGAGUGUAUCUCUAGGGAAAUGAACCAACGCGGUGGUGAUGAACUAGAUAGUCACAUGCUGCAGGGCCGCACUGAUCUGACAAAUCUGAAUACAUUCACUAUAGAUCCGCCUGAUUCAACGGACCUUGAUGACGCACUGAGCGUAGAACGUAUUGACGAAGGGUAUCGCGUAGGCGUCCAUAUCGCAGAUGUUUCUGCCUUUGUGCAGCUAGGAGAUCCGAUCGAUGUGGAAGCUUUUGAAAGAUCUACUACUUUUUAUCCAGGUAUCCGAAAGCCACGACACAUGAUACCAGAGCCUCUGAGCUCAAACAUUUGCAGUCUGCAUGCCAACAAGAAACGUUUGACGUGGACUAUAUUUUUCCUUCUCGACAACCAGGGUAGACCUAUUCAAAUGGAAGGAAACAAUUAUACUAUAGUGGAGUCAUUCAUCAUAUCAAAAGAAAAGCUAUCGUAUGGCCAGGCACAGAACUUUAUUGUGAACAACAGCGAACAAAGUCAGCUGGCACAGGAUGUUAGAACACUCUUUACACUUGCAAAGAAAAUCCGACUGAGGCGACUCGGAAAGGCGAUGUUUGCGUUGAACAACGAUUGGGAAGAAACUGUAGACGAAGAAUCACAAGCCAAGACUAUGGAAAGCCAUUAUCUUGUGGAAGAAUUUAUGAUUAUGGCAAACAAAAAGGUUGCAGAAGUGCUGUGUAGACGUUUUGAUAGAUGCGUGCCCAUUCGUAAACAACCACCACCUUCAGAAGAAGGGCUUCAGGAAUUUGUCAAGAAGAACGGGGUGUAUAUAGAUGUGAUGUCAACGUUCCAAGACAGGAAUAUCAUCGAUCGCACAAGGGGAACAGACAAUGCGCUGGCCGACAACAGCGUAGCGGACAAGUCCGUAGUUGUGUCCCAGCAGCUUUGGAUAAAAAUGAAGAAGGAUCCAAGAUUUGCAGUGCAGUGCUUACAAAGAGACACUCUGUUUGCCCUUCAGAAUGUCAUUUUUCAGCAGUGGUUGAGCAUUCAGGAACGAGCUGGGUACCAUUGUGCUGCAAGCGUCACUCCGGAGGACGGAAAGCACUACUCCCUCAACAUGUACCCUUACACUCACUUCACAUCUCCGAUCCGACGAUACAAUGAUCUUGUUAUACACAGGCUUUUAAGAGCCUAUGUACGAAAAUUGCCAAAUCCGUAUAGCAAUGCUCAGAUUGACCGAAUCUGCAUCCGUAUCAAUUCAGUAAAUAGGCGUUCCAAACAAUACCAGCGAGGAUGUAAAGCAUUGGAAGAAGCUGUGAACUUACAAGAGAAUCCAGAAAUGAUGAGCUGUUUCAUAGAUGACAUAACAGAUCAGGGGUUCACAUUGUGUUCUCCGUUUUUGAGAAAUGCCAAGAAAGCAAACAAAGCCCUGAACUACAAUCUUCUAGAUAUGGGUUUCAGACCAGAGGUCAAAGAGGAUACCAAAACAACUUGGGACCUUGUGAAGGCGACAUGGAGGAAACGCCUGUAUGAUUUCAAAGGAGAGCCAUUACAAUAUCCUCCUGACCGUGGACACACCCUAGAGCUCAACCCGCAAAAGAACGUGGUGUUUAUCCCAUUGCAUAACUGGGCCAAAAUGUUGAAAUCAGCUUCAGAAGGCAUGCUUGAAGACCUUCGAAGAAACAUAUCUGCAGCUUCUUCGAAAGCAAAUAUCCACGCUAUGGGUUUGGAUGAUGUGAAUACUGAAUGCAGAGACUUGGAGUUACUUCAGCCGUGUACCAAAUUUACCAUGACAUUCUCUCGUGGACAAACUCUUCAUGUGCAGAUGACUGCAGGUCCACAGAAAGGUCUGCUCGUCACAAAACCGAUGUUGUACAAAAUGACGAAUAACAUCAACUUCUGCUUGCUUCAUGCAGAUGAUCCAGUCUUACACCUGUUUCACUAUGUGAAAACAUGUACUUUGAAUCAAUACAAGAGUGUAAAACAGUAUUUACAACGUUGGGUACCGCUUAUUCUAAUGGAAGCUGCAAAAGGCAUCAUACGCAAUGAAGAAUCAUGUGUCAUUAACAAUGUACCAAUCAAAUUCACGGAUCGAAAGGGAAAGUUUGUCUUGAGUUUGGAUCAUUCUGAUACAAGAAACAUAGAGCUCUCUGGUACUGAGUCGGACGACGAGGACGACUUUCAGAGCGAAGGAAGUGCUCAAUCCUACGACUGGCUUUGCCUCAAGGCACCAAUUCCUGGAACAGAGAAACGAUCUGGUGAAAUGAGAUCGGUUAUUGACACACUUCCAAACCACUGGGUUGGACAUGCAGAAGUUAAAAGUGUCAAAAAAAAGAAGGACGAAGGGCCGUCUGGAAAACUGACAGUGCACUUUGACCUUCACGAUAAAACGGAGUCGAUACCAGUGCAAGUGAAGGACGACCCAAAAGCAACAAAGUACAGCGUGGAAAUACUGAAGAAGUCUGAAGUAGACAGGCGUACUGAGAGCUUCAUUAAGAGACUUCCUACGUCUCGGACUUCCCUUGCCACGUGUAUCGCUUUGAACAGACCAAUACCAGAGUUAGAUCGAGACCAUGCUCACCAAGUAGAGUUGAUUGAGCGGGAUCUGUACUUUGCUGCAAGUGACAACCCACAAGACAAAACUCUUCCGCGUAACAAUAAAAAGCAGCAAGAAGCAAUUGACAAGGCCCUGACAUCAAAAUUCACACUGAUCCAAGGACCACCAGGCACUGGCAAGACAUACACGGGUAUAAAGCUGAUGUAUCUUUUUGACAAAAUCAACAACAUUUUGCACAAAGAGGGAAAGCCUAAAAAGCAAGUUCUUUUCUGUGGACCUUCGAACAAAUCAGUGGACCUUGUUGCAAAAUGGAUGUUACAAAAGAUGCGUAAGUUCAAGCCCAAUUUUGUCCGCGUUUACGGGAGGUCAAUUGAGGCUAUUGACUUUCCGAUACCUGGACGCACCUUCCUCUCAAAGAAAAGCACCAGAACCUUACAAGCUGACGCAGACCUUAAGUCAGUAGCUCUCCACCACCUGAUAAGAAUAAAGGGAAAGCCAUAUGCAGAGGAAAUCAAAGCAUUGGAUAAGUAUUUUGCAAAAAAAAAAUACGCGCCAGACCCAGAGAAGGUGCCAAAGUAUGUCCAUCUGAUACGUGAGGCAUCCAUCGCUGAAAUCCGGAAUCAUGAUGUUAUACUUUGUACCACGGCAGUAGGGUCAAACCCAAAAGUGCUGGAGGCCACACAAGUUCACCAGGUAAUUGUAGACGAAGCGGGCAUGUGUCCUGAACCCCAGUGUCUGGUACCGAUUAUCGCCACAAAGGCCGAACAAGUUGUUCUUAUCGGUGACCACAAGCAGCUGCGUCCGAUCAUUAUGUGCCGAGAGGCCGGGGAACUUGGGCUGGAGACUUCCCUUUUUGAAAGAUAUGCCACUACUAGCAGUUCCAAAAACGUGAAGUUCACUAUGUUGAAUAAACAGUACCGAAUGCAUCCGCAAAUUUGUGAGUUUCCUUCGGAUAAGUUCUAUGAAAAGAAGCUGAGAACUGGACUAGGUCGUUGGGAUGACAAUCCGCUGAGGAUUUGGCCAGAGGAUCAAUUUGAUACAUAUCCACACGUUCUGAUCCACGUCGAGGGAGAGGAGAAAAUGCUCACAGUUUCAACUGAGGAUGGAAAUGAGCAAUCACGGAGCAAUGAAAAGGAAAUAGAGGAAGUGAUUCGGCUGUAUCGCUACCUUGGAGACCAGUCCGAUUAUGCGAACGUGUGCAUUAUGUCCCAGUACAACGCUCAGUGCUCGGAGAUCCGACGUCGGCUUAUUGAGGAAAAGUUUCAAGAAGAAGCAAUGAACGUUUUGACUGUAGUUUCCAGUCAAGGUGGUGAGUGGGACUAUGUGAUCUUCAGCACCGUUCGCUCUCUACCGGAUUACAAGAUCGAGAAGAGCCCUACACUUGGCUGGUGCAAGCACAACCUUGGCUUUAUCACUGACCGGAAUCAGGUCAAUGUUGCCCUGACCAGAGCAAGAAAAGGGCUCAUUAUCGUCGGAAACAAGGACCUGUUAGCUUGCGAUGUGAUUUGGAAGAAACUGGUUGAGCAUUAUGACAGACGGGGCUGUAUAAAGACCCCAGAAGAGUUCCCACCAAAAGGCACCAAGAAGACUAGACAGGAAAUCCUGCUCGAGAGACAAGCUAAUGUAUUGCGUAUGUAUGGAGAUGAAAUGUUCGUUUCGGGCGAAGGAAAGGCCACCGAUUAUGAGGGUCCAUUUGAUUUAUCCGAUGACGAUGAUGAUGCUAAUGAUGACUUCAGAACGAAUCGGGCAACUGAGUCGACAUGGCAACAGAGCGGGCGAAGAUGGAGAGGAGGACGAGGAGGGAAUAGAACUUAAGAGGGGUGGGAUUUACAAUAUUUGAUAUUUAAACCGAUUUUCAUUGGAGCACGAGUUGUUUUAAAUUGUCAAAUGUUCAUCUUUGUCAAUUUUGCAAAAUUUUGUAUUUACCCCAUUUUUACUUGCUGUUUUUUCAUGAUUAAUAUGUGAUAUAACACAUAUUUCAUUUUUGUUGUGUUUAAAGUUCUUUCAUUAAUAACGAAUAUGUAGAAUGGAUCUCAAUGUUGUUAUUUUAUUUGUAAUUUCUGAAACAAUGUUCUUAUAUAAAUGUUUGAUUUUCCAUAAUUGUAAUUUGACAAAAACGGCCAUUUUCAUAAAUUAAUCAUUAAUUAAACCAUUAUUUAAAUAACCAUUAUUACUUGAAAGUUGCGUUCAAAUGUCGUUAUUAAAUUUUGGAAUUUAACUAUAGGUUACUCUUUUUGCGCACUUAUUUGUUAUCAUCUGUAUAAUUGUUCUUUUUACUCAUUGCCUUUCUCUUGCGAACCGAACUAGUUUGUUUUUAUGAUUACACAUGCUAGUUUACAGUUUUAUUUGCCUAUUCGAUUGUUUUGUUUGAUUGUCUUCAAAAUGUUACCGGUGGAAUUUUCGUGAUUUGGGAAAUGUUUACUCGGUACUUCAUUUGCCAUCCAUCAGUUCUUUUUUAUGCAACGCCACUUUAUAUUUCACGCGUUUCAUUGGUGUACAUUUUAUAUUAAGCUGCAAUUUUCUUUAUUUCUUUAGUAAGGCAAAGAUAUGUAACAUAAAUUGUUGUUGUUUUCUUUGAUAACUAAUAGUGAUUGCAGUAAAUUGUUGAAUAUGAAAUAUGCAUGUACUCUCAGUACUGUCGUAACCAUUGUUUUAUAGUUGUUUUUUUGGAGCGCCGAUAAGAAUAUAACCGUCUUUCAUUUUAUGAUGAUAAAUGCCAAUGAUCACUUUCCCUCUGCCUUGUGUGUUGUUUUAUUGAUUGAUGAUGAUAUCCAUCGAAAUUAUAUACACGAUUGCUUUUUAGAAUGUCAGUUCUAUGAUGUGUUUUUUUGUUUCUAGUUUAUAUCCAAUGAAAGUAUAUCAGAAUUUAAGUUCUAUAACCUUUUUUGUAAUUUAACCUGAUUUGUCUUUCAUUUUUAUCAUUCUGUGAUACAGUAUUUUUUGUACUUUGUUUGCUUUAUUAUAAUCUUGAUUUGUACGCGUUUAAACUGCUUGCUCGUGACAUAAAUAUUUUGUCCAAAUUAUCUGUGCCAUUAAAAUCAUUAAAAUGAG